UUUUAGCCUUUAUUUCACUCCCCUCUCAUAACUUGCAAUUGCUGAAAUUGCUAAAAAAUAUAUAAUAUUUAUAUUUCUGUCGUGUCUGUGACACAUAGCCCAGACAUGGAAACUGCAGUGUAAGGAGCCAAUGUAUGUAAUGUUGCUGGGUUUCCUCACCCUCACGUGAAAAAUAGGCUCCACGUCGAAACUCUACAUAACUCGUGGCUGCAGCCCAGCUCGAGCUGCACAUGAGACCCGUGUCUCAGGCAGGCAGUGCGCAUGCUCUGACCUGUUCACAUGGGCGUCAAAAUGAAAAUCAACAGGUAACGAAACACAGGCAGUGUGAAACAGGCCUUAGGCCUAUGUGGACAGAUACAAACCGAGCUUUUUGAAAAUGAUGACGACAUGGCCCAAAUUUUAUCCAAUUACCUUUCAUUUGCUGAGAAGCUUCAGGCUAAGCUCCGCCUUCCAUAUUUUUGAAAAACAUUGUUUUAAAAACGACAUCCUAGUAUUUGAACUAUGGUUAAAAAAAAUGGUCUCUGUGGUGUUCUGUGCCCUCCCUAACCUCUUAAGUGGCUAAGGCUCUAAGAAUAGCAUGAUCUUGCUCAGUUAGCAGUGGUGCAAAGUUUGUGGGGUAGCACUGGCAGAAGGGAGAAUGUACGACCAGCAAAACAUUUUCACACUUUUUGUCUGUAUGACCUCAUAUGUACAUAUUUGAUUUUUCAGGGGAAAAUACCUUUAAUCUCAAUUCUCAUUUUAUUUCAGGCACUUGGUAGAAGCCGCUCUCUCUGUCUGCCCAGAAGAUCCAUGUCAUCUGUGUCUCCGCAGUCCCCUGUCUCCCCAUACACCAACCCGGGUCCGACGCGAACCCCGCUAGAGAGGCACACUUCUUGGGUAGAGAAACCCGUCAAGCCGCUCUCUCCCUGGGAGGCUGCUGCCAGGAACCCUCUGGGACUGGUGGAUGACGCCUUUGCUUUCCAAGGCAUUCCAGAUGCAUAUGCAGCAACGCACCGCAGGCCACUUCCGGAGCCCCCGCUGGAGUGGAAGCAGAGGGUUUCAUAUGAGCCUGUGGGGUACAGCCCACUGUCACUCCAGCCCCAGCCCCAGCCUGUGGGGUACAGCCCACUGUCACUCCAGCCCCAGCCCCAGCCUGUGGCUUCCCCCUCCAGAGCAGCACCUUUUUCCCCAUCGAUGCCAACUUUCUAUGGGCCACCCUUCAGGCCAGCUCAGCCUCUCACCGCCAACACCAGGUAUCAAGGGACUGGUUCACUACAAAGGAAAAGUAGGCAUUCUCUGCCGCCUCUGCGAGUGGGAAGGGUGAUGUAAUUGAUGAUUUGAUGUAGUAAGCGUUUGUCUGGUUUGCAGUGGUCCAACUGAAAUCUGAGACAGAGCUGUCAUCACUACCACUUCACACGUCAACAGCUUUAUGAACAAAAUGGCUUAGAGUCAAAAUGAGGUGCCAUAAUUAAAAUUAGACACAGAUGUUGAAUAUGAAGUUAAUAAGCAUAACUUGUAAAAUUACACUGGUUGAGCUAUAAUUGUGCAUGAUUCCUUGUGUUCAGCACUGAUAUAAGCAAG